AUGUCCGUCUUAUGUCCGUCUGUAUCUCUGAGACGAGGAGCCAUCAAUCACGAAUCGUCCCCCCUUUACAAUUUUUCGCUGGCUCCAUCACCGCGGGUGGCAGCGUACCUCGCCCAUAAGGGUCUUUUGAGAGCUUCUAUGGCCCUUACAGAGCUCCCGCCGCUCGUUGACCGCUUAAAUAACCGCCAUCCUUACAAGGUUACAAGUGAACUGAAGGCCUCACCUGAAGUCAUCACCACGCCUGCUGAUCCCUGGCCGAGACCGUAUUACUUCGAAGACAAUCUUCGUAAAAAAGACGCUAUAGAGAGAGGUAGUAUCUGCGUGAAUGGGAAGGCCGUCACAACAGAUCAUGUAAUUACGAAUGGCGAGGUCGUUUCCCAUACGCUUCACCGCCACGAACCACCAGUGACAGCACAGCGGAUCGGCAUAGUCCAUGAAGAUGAAGACAAAAUUGUGAUUGACAAGCCAGCUGGUGUGCCUGUACAUCCAGCAGGACGGUACCAGUACAAUUCUAUCAUAGAGAUCAUGAGGGCCGAACGAGGUUACAGCUGGAAUCCUUUACCUUGCAAUCGACUUGAUCGUCUUACAAGUGGAGUCAUGUUCAUUGGCAAAACACCAAGGGCAGCGGAGAAGAUUAGUAUGCAGAUUCAGGGAAGGGCAGUGAAAAAGGAGUAUGUGGCAAGAGUAAUAGGAGAAUUUCCAGAAGGUGAUGUCGUCUGUGAGCAGCCAGUGAUGCAAAUUAGUCCAAAGCUAGGACUUAAUAGAGCACGAGCCAGUGGAAAGGAUGCAAAGACAGUUUUCAAGCGAUUGGCAUACUACCCACCCAGACAAAAAGAGAAGGAACACAUAGAUCCCGAACUGGAUAACAGAACAGAGAAGGAGAGGCAACGCGACUCAAAGAUGGCGUGGAAAGGGAAGAAGGGUCAUUCUAUUGUUCGAUGUCUACCCGUCACCGGAAGAACACAUCAGCUUCGCGUACAUCUACAAUUCCUGGGCCAUCCAAUAUCCAACGAUCCAAUUUAUUGCAACCAACGGGUAUUUGGUCCUGAUCUGGCGGCUGGCGAUGCGAAGUCAGAUGAAGAUGAAGACAUCAUCACGCGGCUAUCACGAAUGGGCAAGGACGAAGCUGCUGAAGCUGUUGCGUAUCACGAUGAAAUGGUAGAAGAGUACAAUAAAAAGAAGGCAGAGAAGAUGACCGGUGAAUUAUGUGAAGUCUGCGCAACGCCAUUGUAUAGUGAUCCUGGGACACAUGAAUUGGGGAUAUAUUUACAUGCUAAGCGUUACGCCUGCUCGGAGGGUAAAUGGGAAUACGAGUCGCCGCUGCCAGCUUGGGCAUUGCCGCCUGCUGGUAUGGCUGGACCAUUGGAGACGACGAAAGAGACUGACCCACUGGAGGUGGCAGAGAGGAUGGAACGCAUGGAGGGCAAUGGCGAAUCGUGA